GAAACUUUCUGAAUUCAAUGUACUGGUAUCAUUACAAACGUUUAUUCUUCUGAAAUGCUAUAUACAGUAGCGUUGUUAAUGCCAGUAACUACAGGUUUGAUAAAGGGUGGAGGACCACUACAACUUCCUUGUUUAAAACUCUUUAGUGCUUUCCCAGUUCUUCGUUCUGGUGGCUGAGAGCAGCUGCACGGGUGACAGAAAGUUCGUUAGACCGAGUACCGCUGUCCGUCAUCAGGCCCGAACCCACCGUAACUCAGCAUGAUGGCACGGCCUAGGGGAGGAGAAGGGCCGCGAAAUGCGUAACUGCCUAGACAGACAGUCACACUGGGAGGGCGUGGAUAUCCCCCUCAGUGACUUUUUUCCCUUUCCUCAUAUACUCCACUGAAGCGCCUGCCAGAUGAAACAGAAAGCUGAAGAAGCCACGGAGGUUGUUGAUGUCUAGCGUAGUAACUACGGCGGUACAAGGGCGCCCUCUGGUAAAUACUCAGAAUACCUCAAAAUUGUUUCAGAAGAGUUUUACCCAAAAUGAGACACCUUACCUGUAAUAUAGAAAUUGAUCUUACCGAGUACCCAUGAGGAGCUAAUCGGAUUUAUAAUUCUCAUUUUGUUGGGAAGGCGUAAGAAAGAUUGAAAUAAAGAACAAAAAAAGGAAAUAACUCGGCAAAAGUCAAUACAGGCAGAAAGACUCUUACUGGCACAGAAGCAAACUGCAGAACAAUGAAGUCCCACAUACUGUUCAUAGUAUUACUAUUUGAAUUCAUUCCAUUUGCUACAUCUUUGAAGCAGAACAUUCCUAGGCUUAAACUUUCAUAUAAAGACCUCCUCCUUUCUAACAGUUUUAUACCAUUCCUGGGAUCAGCAGAGGGUCUCGUUUUCCAAAGCUUUUUAUUUGAUGAAGAGAAGGGAAAACUUUAUAUUGGAGCAAAAGAUCACAUUUUUCAACUUAACUUAGAAGAUCUGAACAAAAGCCCAAAGAAGAUUUACUGGCCUGCAUCAAAAGAUAGAGUUGAACUAUGUAAACUGGCUGGGAAAAAUCCAAAUACAGAAUGUGCAAAUUUCAUCAGAGUACUUCAGCAUUAUAACAAGACUCAUGUUUAUGCAUGUGGCACAGGAGCCUAUCACCCCAUGUGUGGAUAUAUUGAAGCUGGAAACAACAGAGAGGAAGUUUUCGAACUGGAUAUUCAAAGUGUGGAGUCAGGCAGACUGAAAUGUCCAUUUGAUCCCAGACAACAGUUUGCUUCAUUAUUAAUAGAUGAAUACUUUUAUGCUGGAACUGCAUCUGACUUUCUUGGCAAAGACACUGCAUUUACUCAAUCUUUGGGACCAUUGAAUGAUCACCAUUAUAUUCGAACUGACUACUCAGAUCCUUACUUGCUUAACGAGGCAAAAUUUAUUCGAGCCUAUGCCAUUCCAGAUUCUUACCAUCCAGAUGAUGAUAAAAUAUACUUCUUCUUCCGGGAGACAUCAGAAGACAGUUCUUUAUCAAAUAAGGCCAUCUUUUCAAGAGUUGCAAGAGUAUGCAAGAAUGAUCAUGGAGGUCUACACAGCUUAAUCAACAAGUGGACCACAUUUCUGAAAGCCAGGCUGGUUUGCUCAGUUCCACAGCCUGAUGCUUUAGACACACAUUUUGAAGAACUCCAGGACAUUUUCCUACUUUCAAAUAAAGAUGAAAGAAAUCCCAUCAUAUAUGGUGUUUUCACCACCACAAGCUCAAUAUUCCGAGGGUCUGCAGUUUGUGCAUACAGCAUGACUGACAUCAGAGCUGUUUUUAAUGGUCCGUAUGCUCAUAAGGAAGGACCUGACCAUCAGUGGGUGCAGUAUGAUGGACAAGUUCCAUAUCCACGACCAGGAACAUGUCCAAGCAAAACCUAUGAUCCACUAAUUAAGUCGACGAAAGAUUUUCCUGAUGACGUUAUUAGCUUUAUCAAGCGCCACCCUCUUAUGUAUAAGUCUGUAUACCCAAUCAGUGGAAGACCUGUGUUUACAGAAACCAAUGUUGACUAUAGAAUAACACACAUUGUGGUAGACCGAGUCAUGGCAGAAGAUGGACAAUAUGAUGUCAUGUUUCUUGGAACAGAUGUUGGCAGUGUACUUAAAGUUGUGAGUAUUGCAAAAGGAAAUUGGAUAAAAGAAGAAGUUGUGCUAGAAGAACUCCAAGUGUUCCAGGUACCCACACCUGUCUUAAAUAUGGCAUUCUCCACAAAACAGCAACAGCUCUAUAUUGGCUCGCAAGAUGAGCUUGUCCAGCUAUCUGUGUAUCGAUGCAAUACUUAUGGAAAGGCAUGUGCUGAGUGCUGCCUCGCUAGAGAUCCGUACUGUGCAUGGGAUGGUCAUUCAUGCUCCCGUUAUACACCACUAUUGAAAAGACGAGCCCGACGUCAAGAUAUAAAACAUGGUGAUCCACUAAGACAAUGCAGAGAUUUAGGAGAUGGAAUGACUCAUGAAACCGUUGAAGAGAAAUUGAUUUUUGGAGUUGAAAUGAAUUCUACAUUCUUGGAAUGUAUUCCAAAAUCACAGCAGACAUCUGUUGUUUGGUUUAUACAGAGAUCUGCAGAUGAACAGAUUCUGGAAGAGGUAAAGCACAAUGAAAGGAUAAUCAAAACUGUAUAUGGGCUGUUGAUCCGCAGUUUGAUGAAAAAAGAUGCUGGAGUGUAUUACUGUAAUGCCCAAGAGCAAGCGUUCACUCACACUAUUGUAAAGCUGAACCUAAAAGUUAUAGAGAAUAAGCAGAUGGAGCAUGCACAGAAAGCAGAGGAGGAGGAGGGGAGGUAUCGAGACCCCAUGACAGCACCACAGUUCCGAUACAAGGAUUACAUUCAGCUUAUGACCACCUCCACAUUCCCUCUUGAAGAUUAUUGCGAACAGCUGUGGCACAGGGAAAAACGGCGACAAAAGAACAGGGGAGGGGUUAAGUGGAAACAUAUGCAAGAACUAAAGAAGAACAGAAAUCGAAGACAUCACCAGGGUGAUAAUGACUACAAUAGUAAAGCAGUGAUCAGAUAAAUUUGGAGAUCCUCUUCACCUCAGCAAAGUAAAAAAAACAACAUGUAAAACACAGUCCUGAUGCUUUUUUGAAUAUUGUUGAUGGAACGGAGUAGAAGCCAAGCUACAUAUGCUGUUGCACAUGUACAGAAAUGUAUGUUAAGAGCAUUUCCAUGAGGAGAAUAUGACAACAAUGAAUGACAAAAAGACAUUUCAUAGGCAAAUAGCUUUAUAAGUAAUUUUAAUUCUUUUAGGAUGUUAAGUACAGGUAUGUUUUUUUUUUCUCAUGCAAAAAGUACAUUUGAAUGGGACGCAGGUUUUGCCUUUUUAAUGGCAGGAAGUUUGAGGGGAAUAAAGUAAAACAGGAGCUAAUGGAUAUGUUCUCAUUAGUCUUUAAAUAAAAAGAGUGGCUGAUUUGGGUGGGUGAUAUUGCUUCUACUUCUGCUGCAUGGAACUGUUGUACUGUGGGAUGCAUUUUAAUGGUACUGCUGUUAAUAAGCACUAGGACAGUGGCUCUUCUGCUCCUGAAAACAGAUGGUUACUUUAAAAUUAGAUAGCAACUAUAAUUUGUCUUUAAGGAAAAUAACAGAGAACUCAUUUAGGUCGGUAUAUUGCUUCAGCUUUACUAAGAAGGUGAAGCUUUGCAAAUUGAUGUCAGAAGAUACAAAUUGUUUGAAGAAAAAGUCUAAUAUUUUAAUGUAUGGGUGUCUCUGCAGUAUUUAGAAUUUGUGAUUUAAGAGUUGAAUAAGUGUAUGCAAUAGACCUCAAGUAAGAACUUCUAAGUGUGGAAUUAGUUACUGCUUGUGAGAAGAGUUUUCAGUGGACUAUGAUACUCAUAAACAUAAUGUGCAGUUCUUUAAAGGGUUUGUGCUUGGUGUUGAUCGACUAUGGUCCUGGAAGUAACACCGUUCAUAAAAACAAAUACCUUUUCUUUUAAAAUGCAGAGAUGCGAAUUAAAUUCCUAAUGAGGGCAUAAUCGGCUUACUGAGAACAUUGUCACUUCACUGCAUUUGCACAAACUAGGGAGUAUCAAAUUAUGUAAACCUUGUCCCCUACCAUAUUCUAUGCCCUUCUAGCUAACUCUACUGUUUGGUAACAUUCAAACAGCCCUUCUGCUCUAGUUAAUAUGACUGACACCCUGAACAGAGAUGUGCAUAUGGAUGAAAGUACACACAAAGUACCUCUAUUAAGACUAGUGGAUGCAAUCCCAUCAACCUCCUCACUUCCUGUAACUCAUCCUAUACCCUUUUGCUUCAUAUAACUCCAGCUGAACCCCCAACUAAACUCCUAAAUAAGUAAAAACGGUCAAGGAUUUACCUACUAAUAGUAGACAUUACUUGCAAGCCUAGAUCUUGUCCCCUUGGUGUCUCUUACUAUUUUGACCUAUGUCAGAGCCUUGUACUGCAUAUGAGGCCAGGGAGCAAUAGAGCAAGUAGGUGACAGCGGUGCAUUGGGUGUACCCCUUGCUAUGCUGAAAUAAAAAUGGGUGAUUUGUUACAAUUUCCCUUUCCUUGACCUUGAGAAUAGAUCAGGCCUUAUUAAUAUAUAGUGGAAAUGAAGGGUUUUGGUGCUGAAUUUCUCCCUUUUGCAGUAGAGUAUUGCAGUCUCUGUGCUGGAGAGAAUACUUGUAUGGCUUCAGUGGUCCCUGUCCUGGCAUACAGUGCAGCUCUGUAAUGUGUGUUUUUAAAAAGUAUAACAUUACAUUGCUUUCAUUCAUUUUAAGUUAAAUUGUUACUCAGCUAUGUCAUACUGAUCACACAAUAUGCAUUUUAUGUAAAAAGCUACACUAGUGGUAAUUUGUGUACCACCGCUGUGCGGUUACACAUGCACCAUGAUUUAUAUGGUUGCGAAUCACAGAAAAUGGUGCUGGUGUUAUUUGCAUAUCCGACCUGCACCCAGACUCUUCCAAAUAUGAAGUAGUGCAGUAUGCAUUUACUUGAGUUAGUAGACUUCUAUUAAAUGUGCAUUUUGGCUUUUUUUUUGCUGUGUGCCAGCAUUAUGCAAUAGAAGAACAUUUUCAUGAAUCCUGUCCAUUUCUAGUCAGUGUGACAUAAAAAUGUUAAAUCUCUUGCUGCUUUUGUUCUCCAGCAGAAUAUCAUUCCUAAGUUUCUCCAUUUUUAAGCUAUAUUAAUAUACCCUAUGUAUCUUAUGUGUUUAAGAUACGUCAGAUUUUUUAAUGCAGUCAGUAGAUAUAAACAACUAAAUAUUGAUUUAGCGUCAUACUACUUUCCACUUAAGGCCACAUCAAGUUUUGGCUUGAUACUGUCUCAAUAAUAUACUUUUGGAGCAAGAAGGCAUUACCUACAAGGUUUAUGGGUGUCCAUCUUUCAUGUCUGUGUACCCUGUUGGAGAACACAUGUUACCCAGAAAAAAGAAAGAACAAUGGCUUCCAUCCUGCACACAGGUGCUUUAUUGAGCGUUAGACAAACCAGCAAAUAAAUAAAGUGAAAACAGUAAGGAAAAAUACUGAGAUUAACUGCAAGAAUAGUUACAAGGUGCUGCCAUUUUAAUUUCUCCUUGUAGUUUUGUGGAUUUUAAAAAGCCGCAGUUAGGGAGUAUUGGAAAACAAAUAAAAAAAAACAAAACCAGUGCAAUUAACUGCAUUAAAAUGAUGUGUGUG